AUGGGGAGGCACAAGUUCCGGCUGUCCGACAUGCUCCCCAACGCGUGGUUCUUCAAGCUCCGCGACAUGCGCGCCGCCCGGGCCACGGGCGCCGCCAGCCCCGGCGGCGGCGCCGCGUCGCGGGCGAGCCGGCCGACGCCGAGCACGCCGCGCAGGACCUCCUACUACUACUCGCCGCGGGCGGGCGACCCCGUGGGCUCGUCCCCGCUCCACCCCAGGGCCUCCGACACGCAGUUCCCGCCGCUGCCGCUCUCGCCGCCCCGGCGCUCCUCCUCCGCCAAGCGGCGCCACCGGAGGCGCGCCGUCAAGCUGGCGCCGUCGUCGGUCAGCGGCAGCAGCGUCCUGUCCUCGCCCGUCUCCACGGGCUGCCGCUGCAGGCGCAAGCCCGAGCUCGUGCCCGUCCAGGCGCCCGGCACCCCGCCCUGCCGCCGCGACAGGUUCGUCGGCUACAACGGCGACGACUCGCCCGACUCGGCCGAGACUCUCAAGAUGCCCACGGUCACCGUCGACGAGCUCCGCCUCAACGGCAAGGUGAUCACCUCCGCCACCGACAUCAUCAUCGACCUGCGGACCAACAAGAAGAGACCCGACAACAACAAGACGCAUCUCCCGCCGAUCAUCACCAGGCCGGCAAGGACAGCCCCCAACGGCUGCGAUCUCGAGGACAAGCACAUCGACGUCCUCGCGCACGCUACCCAACGCACCACCACCACCACUCCUUUCUCGGACCAACAGAUCAGCAAGCCCGCCAAACCGAGGCGGUCCGUGUCAUCAUCGACGGCGCGACGGCUCAAGACGCGCGGGAACACGCCGCGCGUCGCGUCCUCCAAGAAGCCCAAGCCUCCCGCGCCCGCGCCCUCGCCCUCGCCUGCGCGGACGAAGCCGCCGCCGCCCCUGGCGGAGAGCUUCGCGGUGGUCAAGACCUCGCGGGACCCGAGGAGGGACUUCCGGGAGUCCAUGGAGGAGAUGAUCGCCGAGAACGCCAUCUGCACCGCCGCCGACCUCGAGGACCUCCUCGCAUGCUACCUCUCCCUCAACGCCGCCGAGUACCACGACCUCAUCGUCGACGUCUUCGAGCAUAUCUGGGCAGGCCUCGCGGGCAUCGACAUCGACAUGUAGUAGCAAGCAGU